AUGGCCGUCGGUGGUGCUGGUGCAAGUGACGACCUGAAGUCGUCGUGGCCGGAGGUGGUGGGCUGGGACGGUUUCACGGCGUCGCUCAAGAUCAAAGCCGACAGGAUGGAUGUUUAUAUAGAGUUGCACACCGUCGGCGAUGCCGUGGCGCCGGGCGAGGACGACCACCGCGUCCGCCUCUUUGGCGACCGUGUCACCGGCCUGGUCGCCCAGACGCCUGUGGUCGGCUAG